GCGCGGUGGGCGUGAUCCGGGCACUUAGGGCAGGAUGAACGCUGCUUUCCAAGAUGGCGACGGAGGGAGGAGGGAAGGAGAUGAACGAGAUUAAGACCCAAUUCACCACCCGGGAAGGUCUGUACAAGCUGCUGCCGCACUCGGAGUACAGCCGGCCCAACCGGGUGCCCUUCAACUCGCAGGGAUCCAACCCUGUCCGCGUCUCCUUCGUAAACCUCAACGACCAGUCUGGCAACGGCGACCGCCUCUGCUUCAAUGUGGGCCGGGAGCUCUACUUCUAUAUCUACAAGGGGGUCCGCAAGGCUGCUGACUUGAGUAAACCAAUAGAUAAAAGGAUAUACAAAGGAACACAGCCCACCUGUCAUGACUUCAACCACCUCACAGCCACAGCAGAGAGUGUCUCUCUCCUAGUGGGCUUUUCCGCAGGCCAAGUCCAGCUCAUAGACCCCAUCAAAAAAGAAACUAGCAAGCUGUUUAAUGAGGAAAGACUAAUAGACAAGUCACGCGUAACCUGUGUCAAAUGGGUUCCUGGUUCGGAAAGCCUUUUCCUAGUAGCCCAUUCAAGUGGGAACAUGUACUUAUAUAAUGUGGAGCACACUUGUGGCACCACAGCCCCCCACUACCAGCUUCUGAAGCAGGGAGAGAGCUUUGCCGUGCACACUUGCAAGAGCAAAUCCACGAGGAACCCUCUCCUUAAGUGGACGGUGGGCGAGGGGGCCCUCAACGAGUUUGCUUUCUCCCCAGAUGGCAAGUUCUUAGCGUGUGUGAGCCAGGACGGGUUUCUGCGUGUGUUCAACUUUGACUCAGUGGAGCUGCACGGUACAAUGAAAAGCUACUUUGGGGGCUUGCUUUGUGUGUGCUGGAGCCCAGAUGGCAAGUACAUUGUGACAGGUGGAGAGGACGACUUGGUGACAGUCUGGUCCUUUCUAGACUGCCGAGUAAUAGCUAGAGGCCAUGGGCACAAAUCCUGGGUCAGUGUUGUAGCAUUUGAUCCCUAUACUACUAGUGUAGAAGAAAGUGACCCUAUGGAGUUUAGUGGCAGUGACGAGGACUUCCAGGACCUUCUUCAUUUUGGCAGAGAUCGAGCGAACAGUACACAGUCUAGGCUGUCCAAACGGAACUCUACAGACAGCCGUCCUGUAAGUGUUACCUAUCGGUUUGGUUCAGUGGGUCAGGAUACACAGCUGUGUUUAUGGGACCUUACAGAAGACAUCCUUUUCCCUCACCAACCCCUCUCAAGAGCAAGGACACAUACAAAUGUCAUGAAUGCCACAAGUCCGCCUGCCGGAAGCAAUGGGAACAGCGUCACUACGCCUGGGAACUCUGUGCCCCCUCCAUUGCCACGGUCCAAUAGCCUUCCACAUUCAGCAGUCUCCAGUGCUGGUAGCAAAAGCAGCGUCAUGGACGGGGCCAUUGCCUCUGGGGUCAGCAAGUUUGCAACUCUGUCUCUGCACGACCGGAAGGAGAGACACCAUGAGAAAGACCACAAACGAAACCAUAGUAUGGGACACAUUUCCAGCAAGAGUAGUGACAAACUGAAUCUAGUUACGAAAGCCAAAACGGACCCAGCUAAAACUCUGGGAACAUCGCUGUGUCCUCGGAUGGAAGAUGUUCCCUUGUUAGAGCCGCUGAUCUGUAAAAAGAUAGCUCAUGAAAGACUGACUGUAUUGGUAUUUCUUGAAGACUGUAUAGUCACUGCUUGUCAGGAGGGAUUUAUUUGCACAUGGGCAAGGCCUGGUAAAGUGGCAUCUCCCGUAUGGCUGGCAGCACUCCUCCAUUGGCUGGCAUGGCCAGAGGCAGUACCUGCAGGGACAGGGAAGGCCCCUCGGUCUGCAGUGCCGUUACGGCACAGUGGGCCACACUGAAGUGGCUGCUGCACGUACUCUGUCCUUGACCUCAGGUGGGUGGGCCAGGGCUCUUGUAUCUGGGGCCUGUUUGCCUCUGCUUUCCCUCACUGGCUUGGUGGGUUUACAGGGGCAUGAGAGGUUUGGCUCUUUGCUUAUUGUCUGAACAGGGGUCUGAGGGGUAAGAGCUCCUACAGAUGCAGAGCAGGGCCAGUUGCUAUAUUCCAUCCGUUCUUGCCUCUUGGUUUUGUCUAGACCAAUCAAUAGAUUUCAGCUCUGAGGUAAGAAACUAUAAACCAGAUGGCUUGCAGUGGGCCAGCUGUUUCCUAGCUCCCUCAAACAAGGUGUGGGGUGAAGCUGACGACCCACUUAGGACUGUCAGCCCUCAUUUCUGCACUGAAAGUCUUUGAAAAUGUGACAGUGUUUACUUAGCAUUAAAUGUUGUCAUUUAUAAAUACUCAACAAGUAAAUAAUUCUUCAGAACAGCUCAAGGAUGUUUGUUUCCAUGGAACCCAUUUUUUAAUUCUAAUGCUGCACUACUGUACUCUUCAGAUUCCUAAGAAAUGAGUGCCAAGCUCUGACGUAACUGCCCACAGCCCAGUAAUCAGUGCUGAGGAUUGUGAGUGCCCUUGGCUCUGAGGUAGCUCGGAGGGCGCUGGGAGGGCCCUUACCCAUUGCAGCUGCAGAACUCACCACCCAGGGCCUGAGCUACUUUUGUGUACCUGUAGGGCCUAUUCACUAGAGGCCAGCUAAACUAGUGGUGUACCUCAGCACCCUCAAAAGAAAGCAAGUACACCCCAGAAGGAAAACGCCUUUUUAAGUGCUACUGGACUGUCCUUGGAGGCCCACCUGGCUGAGGGCCUGGUCUGACCCUGACAAGCUUGAGGUGGAGCUGGCAACCCCAUCCGCUGCUGCAAUGUCUGUGCCUCGCCCUCUCCUAAAGGCUCCGAUGAUCCUCAGUAAACACCUCCAUCUUCCUUCUAGCUAGUGUUGGGGGCACAGAACCUCACUCCAGGCACAGUCCAGUGCUCUGAGAGGAAUUAGCUAGGUGGAACAGGGAGUGUGUUAGAGCAGGCCCUGGCUUCCAGCCCUUGGAAAGGCAUGUGAGCCUGUGAAAACACUGGAAAGGGUGAGCACCAGCGGGGCUCUCUGUGCUGCCCUGUGUCUUGCUGGAUUAAUGUAAACUGCUUUGUUCGCAGGGCUUGUUGUCAUCCCCAAACCAGGCCAGUUCUCCAGGUGGGACUGUAGUGUAGCAGCUGCAUGCUGCUCCCAGGCUCCCCCGGACACGCGUGGACUGAGGGAGUGACAGACGACAACGGAGCCAUGAGCUGCGCUGGAGCCACAUGCAGGCGGCAGGCAGCGGCAGUCUGCAGGGCUGUGUGGAGCUGCUAACCCAAAGAGUUGCUUCCAUUUUUAAGUCAGUCUGUUGGGGCUGCAGUAAAAAAUGAGAAAUGGAGUUUUCUUGCUUUUUACUCUAAAAUUCAAUGUAACUAAAUUCCAUAUAUAAUAUAUAUACAUAUAUACAUAGUGUAAAGUCAAAUGUUUCUUGGACAAGAAACCUUACAUUCAACUGUUAUAAAUAGCACUUGGCUCUGGUUUUGCACUGAUCUAUUUUAUACCUUAGGUAGUCAUUAGACAGCCUGGGAUGCACUCAUGAAGACAGUUGUCACCUUCUGACUUCAAUACAUAAUUCAAAAAGACAGAUGCUGCAAUCAUAGAUUCUAAAAAAUUGUUUGCACUUAAAAUAGUUUAAUGCUAAUAGAAAAUGACUUUGGAUAUGGGGGUAGUGGACUCCCAGCCUUCACAAUGUGGAGUGAUGAAACCCUUUUUAUCUGUUAACAUUUAUUUUAAUACUGUUGUUUCCAAUGCAAUCAAGCCUGUAUUAUAUGUGUAAAUAAUGUAAUUCUGAAGUCGGGAAAUAGUUACUUCACUAGUAAUUUUCAUCAUUUAAGAGUGAUAUUUCUAAUUCACAAAAACAUUAAUAUUAAAAUUAUCUUGAAUAUA